UCUGGGUUGGUUGCUGCGACCUGCAGUCUCCCAGCUUGUGCGCCGCUGCAGUUUGAACCGUCCGGCAGAGUGGGCGAGCUUACUCUUGCUGCAGCAAACGCUCGCAAACGACCCUGUGGACUUGAGGCGGCUCGGUGCCUAAGCCCCGAGGCGGGGGCGAUCUGAGGGGGCGCGAGCGUGGCGUGCCAUGUUCGCUCCCUGCUCGGGUGCGGGGCGCGGUGGCCUUCGGCUCGGCCACCUGUGGUUGUGGGUCGAGCGCAGGACCUGUCGGCCUUACCAGGCGCGUCUGUAUGCCUCCGGCGGGAACGAGCUCCGGCCCGGCUCCGGGCGCCAACUCCCUCCCGGGCCCGCUCAGCGGCCGCUGAAGGCCUGGACACUGCUGGUGAGCCCGUUCGGCGCGCUGCGGACGCAGCUCCCGUGCGACUUGACCGUGAGGCCCCUGGACCCCCACAGGUACCCGGACUCCGACCGCGUGCUGGUGGCGGUGUCUGGCGUGGAGGGCGAGGUGCACGGUCUGGACAGCCUGCAGGUGAGGUACGACGAGACGAAGAAGGUGAUGUCCAUCGUGUCCGAGACCAUCGACCCCCGGGCCUCCGUGGAGGUGGACGCACCCCUGCAGUUUGAUUUGAAUAUCAAGUCAUCAGGAUCUGGUUGUGUAGAGCUCCAAAAUAUUUUAUGUGAUAAUUGCCAUAUUGAAACAGAGCAAGGGACCAGCAUCUUACAGUCUAUUAAGGCUCAAAAUUUAGACAUUCAAACAAAAGGAGGAAAGGUGAUUUGCCUGGGAACAAUUUAUGGAAAUAUUGAUAUUCAUGCAUCUGACAAAAGUACUGUGACCAUAGAUAAACUUCAGGGAAGUUCUGUUAAUAUAUCUACUGAAGACGGUUUACUGAAAGCCAAGUAUCUUUAUACAGAGUCGUCAUUUCUGUCAUCUGCUGCUGGGGACAUCACAUUAGGAAGUGUGCAUGGCAAUAUCACUUUGCAAAGCAAGAUGGGCAACAUCGUGAUAGAUUCAUCCUGUGGAUGCCUAAAAGCCUCAACCCAUCAGGGUGACAUGGAUGUUUAUGUCAGCCAACUGGGAAAAGUAGACUUGAAAUCCCAUGGAGGCUCCAUUAUUGUCAAGGUGCCAUCUUCUCUUCAAACUCACUUACAGUUAUCGGGGAAAGAGGUUGACGUGAACACAGAAGUCCGUGUUCAGGAAAUGGCUGAAGCUCACAAGGGCGAUGUCAUAACAGUUACUGGGAUCCUGAAUGAAGUACGCAAACCUGAAAAAUGCAUUAAGGCUGAUGCCCCGAGAGGCACUGUAAGUUUUAGAAGUCAGAGCUGGUUUCAGUCCCUGAAACUGCAGGACUAAAAAUGGUUUAAAUGGUAUUUAUAGAAUGCAAACAAUGAAAACCAGCUGGAUUACACAAAUGUGAAAAACUGUACAUAUAAAGGAUGAAAACAAAUGGAAAUGAAUACUAGUGAAUUGUUUUGCUUUGGAGAGGGUUUGGGGUUGUUUGUUUGUUACCAAAAUUUGUGCUGCUAUUGUAUUUGUUUUUUAUUGCUGUAUAACAAAUUACCACAUACUUAUCCCCUUAAUAUAAUGCCUGUGUUAUCAGGCCACAGCUGUGUAGGCCCAAAGUCACUCCCCACCCCCACCCCCCCAAACUCCCACCUCCUACCCGCUCAGCUGGGCUCUCAGGGUAUCUAUCACAAGGCUAGAAUCAAAGUGUUGACCAAGCUGAGUUCUCCUCUGGAGCCUCUGGGGGUUAAAUCCACAUCUGAGCUCAUUCAAGUUGAGAGAAUCCAGUUUCUUCUACUGUAGGAUUGAUUGAGGUCGUCUCUAGUGUGUCACCCUCUGUUGGCCAUCAGUCUCUGGAAAGUUAUAAAGGCCACCUGCAUCCCUUCUCAUGUGUUCCGUCCAACCUCAAGCCAGCAACUGUGCAUUGAAUUCGUUGCAUGCUUUGAGUAGCUGACUCCUGCAACCACCUAGAGAACCCUGUGCUUUUCAAGAGCUGGGCUGAUUAGGUCAGGCCCAAUCACCAUCAUCUUCCUUUUGUCAGAUCUGAGGAGUGCACCGCAUCAUCUUCACAGUUCUCGUGACGCUCGGGGAUAAAUAGGAUUAUACAUAGAAGACCACGGGGCAGUUACCUUAGAACUCUAUGUACCAGCUCUCUCCUGGGUGACACGCUUUCUGCUUGGUCCGCCGUAGGGCAUCCAUGUGAAUAACAAAACUGAUCAUAAAUGUGAUGUAAUUGUUCGUGGGCCACACUCUAUUUGUGUAAAUAAGACAUACAUUGUACAUCUCUGGGUAGAAGAAAUGUUUAAACUAUUUUGUAACCUGAUGUAAGAAGGUUGCGUGUCCCAUUCAUAAUGGUGUACUGAAUAAAUUUAUGUUACAGGUAUGGAUUUAUGUUAUGAAGUAAUCUUUAUUUCAAACCUUGCUUGUCUCUUCCUGGAACACUCAAAUUGCACAACACUAAAUAAACCUUUCUUUGGAUUA